AUGCCUCCCAAGGCAAGCGCUCGCCGCGCAGCCCCCGCAAGUACAGCAAACGCGACUGCCUCAACCCCUCAAAAUGGCACCGACUCCGGUACAUCAACCCCAAGCACGACGCCCGGUCCCGCUGGUCGUCCGGUUCAGCGCCUACAAUCACUCAAGAACCGCAAACCUUCCGGAAGCAUUCCUCCGGCGAAUCGACCACCUACUGCCCUUGGCGGCGAGCAGGCCAAGCCUGUGAUGAAAUACAAGCCCAAGGCGGUCGUACGUCGAAGCAAAGAAGAGCGUGACGCGAUUGAGAAACGCGAGCAAGAACGAUUAAACGAGCGACUCCGCGAAGCCGCGGCCAUUCAACGAGGACGAGGAAGCCGUGGUGGACGGGGUGCCUUCCGUGGCCGGGGCGGACCGAUGGGGAUGGGUGCGAAUGGACCCUUUGGGUCUGGCAUUGGAGGCGCACGACGGGGUCGUGGCGGCGGCUUUGGAGGUUAUGGGGCAGGGGGAGGUGGUGGUUUUGGCGGUGGUGCGCGAAGUCGAUUCCGGUCUGGAAUCAGUGGUGGAAGUGGCAUGGACUACGAUUCAGAAGAAGACGACGAAGAGGGCCUGCGCAUCAGCAUUGACCAGAUUGGGCUGGAGAGCGAUGAUGAAGACGAGACGGACACGAAACAGAUCAAGGGCAAGAUUCCCAUGCGCACCCGCGAGGGAUUGCGACCUGUGCGGGUGACUCGCCUGCAGCAUGAGGAACGUGUGAUCAGCGUGAAUAUGGAAUCCAGCACAGCCAAGACCGAUGAGGCUCGUCAAAAGCUGGAAGCGGCCAAGGUCGCAGAGGCCAAGGCCAAGGAGGCCGAGCCUGCUGCAGCGCCGCCGCCGCCAGUGGACGAACCGCGAGUGAAGGCCGAGCCCACGGACGAUGCUGACACGCUCAUGGCCGAUGUGCCGCAUGAUGACGAUGGCUUCCUACCUACCCAAAGAGUCCGAGUUCGCCGAAAGGUGUCGAGCCCUCGCGAACUGUCAACGCCCGACCCAGCCCAAUCCGAAACCGAGCCCGAACCCAUUGCAGCCCAGAAACCCGUCGAGGUCCGCAGGGACCCCAGAGAGCUACUUCGCACGAAAGAAGAAAUUGACGAGUAUGAUCGCCACUUGGAAGAUCUGAAUCACGUCCGCAAUCUGUUGUACUAUGAAGAGAUCGUCAAAUCUACAGAACCGACAUCCACUGCCGCCGAGCCAUCUGCUGCCGAAGGCGAGCCUGCCGUGGAGCCAUCUACGGAAACUCAAGACGGAGACGACGAAGAGGCCGACGAUGACACCGAAGAUAAUACCACCAACCAGGCUCUGGUGGGCCAAUUGUUCCUCAUGCAAUUCCCUCCGAUGACCCCCAACCUCACCAUCUCCCACACCACUUCGCCGCAUCCAUCGACGAGUGCGGCUCCAACACAACCGGAGCGGGCUGAGCAGCCCACGGAGCCGGCCGUGAAGACGGAAGGCGAGGAAGUUCAGGUCGUGGAGGAUGGUGCCUCUGAUGUUCCCAAGGUCAUCACCGCUGCCACGGAAUGGGCCCUUCCCGCAGGUCGGGUUGGUAAACUGAAUGUGCACCAGUCGGGGCGGGUCACGCUCAAUUGGGGCGGCAUCAGUUUCGAUCUUGACCGUGCCACCACCGUGGACUUUGUGCAGGAGGCGGUGAUUGUAUCUCGUCCACCAGAAGAAGAGGAUGGGGCUCCUCCCCGGGAUGAUAGUGAAAAUCGGGUCUGGUCCAUGGGUCAGCUUUGCGGCAAGUUUACAGUCAUGCCCAAUUGGGACGAUAUCUUGUGA